CAGAACAGCAGAUGAGACAUGGGCCCCUGACAGUUCUCAUUCUUCCAAGUUUGUUCAUUUGUUUCUUGAUGAAGAGAAGAAACCAGUAGAUGAUCCUUCCACCGGCAUGCCAAAAGACUUGCUCUCAUUAAUUCAGGGUGGUGAAAAAGGCGGUUUCCAUGUUUCUGAUAGGAUAGCUACUAAGCAUGGAGCAUCAAACUUUCCAUUCCAAAUCUCUAAACUUUGCUGACAGGCGUGUUAUAUCAAAUUUGAGGUCUCCUGGAAUUGAAAACUCUGAGAUAUCAUGCAAUAUUAAUGAUGUUAAUAAACCAGCAGCAGUUCCAGCUGUCCUCACAUGUGAGGAUCUUGAGAAGUCAAUUCUGCCUAGAAGCACUGAAAGCGAUCCAAACUUUGCCUCCUGCUUUUGAAGACUGGAAAAUUCCUGAUGCUGAGAGUGGAAAACAAGAAGUUAAUAUCGAUGAUCAUGCAUCCCAGCACCUUCUUUCAUUGUUACAGAAGAAAACAAGUAUGAAAAAUAUAAUUAUCAUCUGCCAAAGAAGACAACAGAUCUUCAGAAAGCGUACAAAAUAUUGAAACAGGAAGAGUUGACACUGCACCUUGUGAAUCUUUAGAGGCGAAUCCAGGAAAUGCUCCCACUUCAGGGAAGAGUCUUAACUCUUAAAGCACUUUUUGGAAGUGCUUUCAUGAAGGAACUGCAAUUAGUUGGAGCACCACCUUCUGUUCAGAAGGGUUCAAUCGCGUAUGCAAGAGUUGAUGUAUUAGAAUCUAACAGGCUUUCCCUUAAUGUCACAGAUGAUAGUCUUUUUCCUUCUACGGUUCACAUUGGGUCAAAUAACGAUACUUUUGAACCAAAUAUUUUAGCAUUUACCAAAAGAGAGUAGAUUAAAUCUGAUGACAUUGAAGAGCAUUUGUUAGGCUAUAAGGAUGCUCGAUCUGCAAUGGAUUCAUCAUUAUCUCAGAGCUGAAUUAGGGUCUAAAUUUGUUGGUUUUGAUGGAUCUGCUGAAAUUUGGCUUCCUCAAGAGGAUAGCUUGAUCGGUCAGUGAUCCUGUGAAACUCCAGAACUUCAAUGCUGGUUGUGUAAAAGCAGAGCUAUUGCCCACCCACGAGACACCUAUCAAUAUUUCAGAGAAACUAGCAGCUUCAAAGGCUGUCUUCCGUGAUGAAAGACCUGCUGUAAGAGGGCAAGAGGGUCCAUCUUUUCUUCCUGGUCCCUAUGAUAUGAGGCAGUCAGAUAUUCCAUUUCAUAACCAAAUUGUCCAGCCAUCUUCUCCACAGCUUCAUCCUCCUCAAAUGAAUCAUGGAGGGCCUUUGAUUCAUUCAUUAGAUCAUCAUCCUUCUAAAAUCAAGUUCUUGGCUCCAGAAGGCUUCAUCCAUCAUGAUGCCUCACGGAAUCAUCAAUUUCCUGCAAGUAUGCUUCGCCCUCCUUUCCAUCACCUUAGCAUUGGACCAACUGGAUUUGAUCCUCCAACGUAUCAUCCUAUGUUACAACAAAUGCCUAUGCCUGGAAACUUUCCUUCACCCGACUUGCAACUAGGAUUUCCCGGUGGUUCACCACUGCCUCCUCAUUCAAAUAAUCAGGUGUCUGGUUUCAUACAGGAAGUGAAUCCGAUGCAUGGUUUUCCAUUUGGACAUGGUCACCGGCAGCCCCAGCCGAACUUUGCUGAGUCUUGGAAUGCCUCCAGGUAAAUUAUUUAAUAUGUCUUGUUUCUUUCCCAUCCUUACCAAUUUCGACUUUGUAAAACCUGCCCACUAUAUUUCAUUCCGGUAAUGCCUACAAUUGAUGUAAAGGACUAUCUUAUUUGGCUUAAGGUAAUUUAAAGAGUAUGAUAA